GUGACUCGUUUGGUGUGAGACUAAUGCGUGAGAGUGAGGUGGCCGGCCUGUUCGUCUUGUGUGUUGCAGGUGUUGUGUUCGGAUAUUUGUUGUAUUGCGCUUGCGUUAACCACCCUGUGACUUUAGAACGCCAUGGGACAAUCGACCUCAUCCCCAUUGUCCCUCACCCUUGACCAUUGGUCGGAGGUUCGGAAGAGGGCUCACAAUCUCUCCUUACAGGUCAAGAAAAGUAAAUGGCAGACUUUCUGCUCGUCUGAGUGGCCCACAUUCUCCGUGGGUUGGCCACCGGAGGGGACCUUCCACCUUCCCCUCAUCCUAGCAGUUAAGAGCAUCAUCUUCUGCCCCGGACAAGAGGGCCACCCUGACCAGGUUGCCUACAUCUUGGUAUGGCAGGACCUCAGGGAGGAACCCCCACUAUGGGUGAAACCCUUUCUUCCUCCUCCCGACUCCUCUAUACCUAAACUCCUAGCUCUAAAAAGGGCUCCCACCCCGGUCCUCGCUACUCCCCCUUUGGCACCCUCUUCUCCUGAAUCAAACUCCUCCUCUCCCCCGGCACCCACGCCUUCUCUAUACCCCACGCUCCCGCCGGUGGCUGGUCCUGGGUCCACUCCCCUGGGACUCGCAGGCCCAGCCCAAAACACUCGUAGCAAACAACGACCGGAGGACCCAGUGGUCACUCUCCCCCUCCGUCCCUAUGGGCCCACUAUCGGUGACGGGACGGACGAGGGAGUAAUGCCGGCCCUCCAGUAUUGGCCAUUUUCAACCUCAGAUUUGUAUAACUGGAAAAAUAAUAACCCUCCUUUCUCUGAUGACCCCUCCAAGUUAACAGGCUUAAUGGAUUCGAUCAUGUUCUCCCACCAACCCACAUGGGAUGACUGCCAGCAACUUCUGGGAGUCCUGUUCACCACCGAGGACAGAGACCGCAUCCUUCUUGAAGCCUGAAAAGCCGUUCCCGGAGAUAACGGCAGACCCACCCAGAGACCUGACCUGAUCGACGAUUUCUUCCCCUUAAAGCGCCCCGACUGGGACCCCAACUCUCAUAACGGUAGGCAGCAUCUUUCUAUCUAUCACCAGACUCUAAUGGCAGGUCUCCGGGCGGCCGGAACGCACCCCAAUAAUUUGGCCAAGGUAAGAAAAGUAAUUCAAGGGCCCAGUGAGACUCCCUCCGUUUUUCUAGAACGCCUGAUGGAGGCUUACUGAUGGUACACGCCUUUUAACCCAGAAGAGGAAGGCCGACAGGGCUCAAUAGCCAUGGCCUUCAUAGGGCAAUCGGCUCCUGAUAUAAGGCGUAAGCUCCAAAGGCUAGAUGGUCUGCAAGACCUAACUCUGAGGGAUCUUGUUAAGAAAGCUGAAAAGGUCUACUAUAAACGGGAGACAGAGGAUGAAAAGGAGUUAGCUACGGACAAAAGAUGAAACAAGGAAUUGGCUAAAGUGUUGGCUACAGUUAUUCAGGGUAAGCCUGAGACAGGAAAGGGAAAGCCCAAUCGCCCCCCAUUAGACCCCGACUAAUGUGCAUAUUGCAAAGAAAAAGGACACCUAAUCAAAGACUGUGAAAAACUAAAAAGGAGGCGAGCCAAAGAGGAACGAGAAAAGCAGUCCUCACAGUGACAGCGAGCCCCCAUGCUCGCCUUAGAUGAUGAGGACUAGGGACUUCGGGGCUCGGUCCCCCUCCCCGAGCUCAGGGUAAUGUUUAAGGUGGAGGGGACUCCCGUGGAAUUCGAGGUCGACACGGGAGCUGUUUACUCGGCCCUUCAGGCCCCCUUAGGGGCCCUUUCAACCAAGAAAUCGCUAGUUCAAGGGGCUAACGGGAGCAAAUAUCGCUCAUGGACCACCGAGCGCACAGUUGACCUAGGCAAGGGAAAAGUAAAACACUCCUUCCUGGUUAUUCCUGAAUGCCCUGCUCCCCUUCUGGGAUGAGACUUAUUAACCAAACUAGGGGCGAAAAUCUCCUUUGAGCCCCAAGGACCUCAGGUGACAUUCCACAACCCAAAGGUUGGGCAACUCAUGGUUACAGUGUUAUCUCUAAAAUUAGAGGAUGAAUACAGGCUCUAUGACCACCAAGACCCUCAGCCCAUCUCCCCUGCCUGGUUAACUGAUUUUAAAGACUCCUGGGCUGAGACAGCUGGACUCGGGCUGGCAAGCCAGCAACCGCCUGUAGUGGUCACUCUAAAAGCCACCGCCUCUCCUAUUCGAGUUAAACAAUAUCCCAUUAAUAGAGAGGCCCACCUGGGGAUCAAGGUACACAUACAGAGACUUUUAGACCAAGGGGUAUUGACCCCUUGCCGGUCUGCAUGGAAUACCCCGUUGCUCCCUGUCAAAAAGCCUGGGACAAAUGACUACAGACCAGUACAGGACUUGAGGGAGGUCAACAGCAGGGUGGAAGACAUUCACCCCACCGUACCCAAUCCUUAUAAUCUCCUCAGUGGCUUAAAUCCAUCAAAGACUUGGUAUACGGUCCUGGAUUUAAAAGAUGCCUUUUUCUGUUUGCCUUUGCAUAAAGAUAGCCAACCCCUGUUUGCAUUUGAAUGGACGGACCCCGAAACUGGGUCCACCGGACAAUUGACCUGGACGCGCCUCCCACAGGGCUUCAAAAAUAGCCCAACCAUCUUUGAUGAGGCUCUAGACAAGGACUUAGCCCCCUUCCGGGCUCAACACCCGAACCUCACCCUCCUCCAAUAUGUAGAUGACUUGCUGCUGGCCGCGGACUCUGAGGGCGAUUGCACCAACGGAACCCAAGACCUUUUAUGUGAGUUGGCUAUCUUGGGAUAUAGGGCAUCGGCAAAAAAGGCCCAAAUCUGCAGACAAGAGGUAAUCUUCCUGGGCUACUCCUUGAAAGGGGGAAAAAGAUGGCUUACUGAAGCUAGAAAACAGACUGUGGUCCAGAUUCCCCCUCCAAAGAACCAAAAACAGCUACAGGAGUUUCUGGACCACCAACAUGCCUUUGAUGCCAUCAAGCGGGCCCUCCUAUCCACUCCGGCCUUGGCCCUCCCCAACAUAGACAAACCUUUUACUCUCUUCAUUGAAGAGAGAAAAGAAAUAGAGAGGGGAGUAUUGACCCAGGCCUUCGGACCAUGGAGGCGACCGGUGGCUUACCUCUCAAAGAGACUAGACCCUGUGGUGAAUGGAUGGCCGCCUUGUUUAAAGGCGAUCGCAGCAGUGGCCUUGCUCAUUAAAGAUGCUGAUAAAUUAACUUUGGGACAAAGAAUAACAAUCAUUGCCCCGCAUACACUAGAAAGUAUCAUCCACCAACCUCCGGAUAGAUGGCUCUCAAAUGCCAGAAUUACUCAUUAUCAGAGUCUCUUACUCAAUAAAGACAAAAUAACUUUCAGACCUCCAGUGACUCUCAACCCAGUGACCCUGCUGCCGGAGAAAACCUCAGAACCCAUCUUCCAUACCUGCCAGGACAUCUUGGCAGGAGAGGCCGGAGUAUGGCCGGACUUACUGGAUUGCCCCCUGUCCGAUGUGGAGGUGACUUACUUCACCGAUGGGAGUAGCUUCUUGAUUCAAGGUAAGCGGUAUGCGGGGGCGGCUGUGACUGAUCAUUCCAAUAUUAUCUGGGCAGCCAAGCUACAGGAUGGAACCUUGGCUCAAAAGGCCGAACUGAUCGCUCUGACUAAGGCUCUAGAGCUCGCCGCAGGAAAGCGAACAAACAUUUACACAGAUAGCCGAUAUGCUUUUGCAACGGGAAAUAACCUGGCCGAUCAGGCAGCAAGAUCUGCGGCCAUGAAAAACUCACAGAUGUUGGUGACUGAUGUCAAAAAUCCUCCUCCGGAGGAAGCCCAAAAUAACCCAGCCUUUGAGGCGUCAGACCUGACUGCUUACAUUCAACAGGCCCACCGGCUCACCCAUCUAGGGGUUAAGAAACUAUGUCUACUGGCUCAACGCCAAGAUUUCCCGGGGGCAAAAGGCUACGCGGUGCCAGGCCUGGACAACACUGGGAGGUGGACUUUACAGAAGUUAAACCUGCCCGAUAUGGACUAA